GAGAGCAGUCAGCAUGCCGCUGGUCAGCCUGCUGUGGGCAGUCGUGGUGUCCACCUGUCUUGGAUCCAGCACAGCCCAGACGGUCACUCAGACUCAACCAGACACGUCUGUGCGGGAGACAGAGACUGGGACCCUGCACUGCACGUAUGACACCAGCGACAGUGACUAUUAUUUGUUCUGGUAUAAACAGCCUCCCAGCGGGGAGAUGAUUCUCAUUAUUCGCCAAGAAGCUUAUAAGCAAGAGAAUGCAACAAAGGAUCGCUUCUCUGUGAACUUCCAGAAAGCAAAAAAAUCCUUCAGUCUCGGGAUCUCAGAUUCUCGGCUGGAGGAUGCUGCGAUGUAUUUCUGUGCUCUCUGGGAGUUGCUCUCAGGUCUUGAUCUCAGGGUUCGGGGACACCAUCCACUGAUCUUUGGCAAAGGAACCUAUCUGGAGGUGGAACCACGAAGCCAGCCUCCUGUCAAACCAUCCGUUUUCACCAUGAAAAAUGGGACGACUGUUGCUUGUCUGGUGAAGGAUUUCUACCCUAAGAAUAUAAACAUAAAUCUUGAAUCAUCCAAGAAACUAGAAGAAUUUGAGCCUGCUAUCGUCAUCUCUCCCAGUGGGAAAUACAGUGCUGUCAAGCUUGGUCGGUAUGGAGAUUCAAAUUCAGUGACCUGUUCAGUCGAACACAACAAUGAAAUCGUGCGCUCCACUGAUUUUGAACCAAAGACAAAAUCUUCAGGUACCGUAAAACCAACAGAACCUGAAAACAUGGAGCAAACUUCAGAGAGCCUCUAUGGGCCCAAAGGAGGAGGUAACAGACUUACCUUUGGGAAAGGGACCCAGCUCAUCAUCCAGCCCUAUGUCAAGGAGCCUGACCCCGCUGUGUACCAGCUGGGAGGCUCUAAGUCCAAUCAGAUCUCAGUCUGCCUGUUCACCGACUUUGGUUCUGAAACCAAUGUGCAACAACCGCAGGGGCCUGCGGUGAUCAGCUUGAACAGUACGGUGCUGGACAUGAAGGUGAUGAAUUCCAAGAGCAACGCGGCCCUGGCCUGGGGCAACAGCACCGAUUUUAAAUGUAAUGGUACCUUCAACGAGAAAUUCUUCUCCAGCUCCGACUUUUCCUGUAAUGCCACUUUGAUAGAGAAAAACUUUGAAACAGAUAUGAACCUAAACUUCCACAACCUGCUAGUGAUCGGGCUGCGCAUCCUCCUCCUGAAAGUGGCCGGGUUUAACCUGUUAAUGACGCUGCGGCUGUGGUCCCGCUGA